CUUUUCUUUCAAUGGAGCUACAUUUUAUGCUUUUAACUAACAUUUUUCUUCUUUCUUUCAUUUUACCUAUUGCAGAUGCAUGGAUUUAUGCUCGUAAAGCGGUUGAAGGUGGGGAACUUGGUGAUGAUGCUAAUGAUGUUAAUUUUAAUGGUGAAGUGAGAUUCUAAUGAACCCUUCAAUGCCUUCAACUCUUCCUCCUAAACCAGUUGCUCUCAACUAUGGUUGUGAUGCAAAUCAUGAAAUCCCUCUUGCUAUAGUUACUAGACCCACCAAGGAAUUGCAAAGGAAAGGAUUGGUUCUGUGCUUUUUCUGGAAUGUCACUGCUGCUACUGCAGCAUACAUCAAAGGGGAAGGAUGGAAGCCAAGCGGUAAUGAGACUCCUUCAGUGAAUACCUAUCCAAUCCAAGAAGCAUCAUACUGGGGAAUUGGAUCUAGUCUUGCCAUCAUGGAGAUAGUUUGCAACAUCUUACAAGAACUAAAGAUCACAGUUUUGAACAUUACACAAUUGUCAGAAGAUUAGAAAGAUGCUUAUAUCUGUUUAUGGUGAAUGGCAGGGCAAACUCUUGACAGGAACAGAGAUCUUAUCUUGAAAAUUUUGUUGAUUGUGUUCGCUGGUGCUUGCUUGCAUUAACUAAAUGAUACAUGGAAUG